AUGCUACGCAAGUUGGCUUUGGCGUUGACCCUGUCCUUGGCCCAGGGGCAAACUCUUCUUCGCAAUGUGGCCAUCGGUGUGAAUGAUGCCAACGGCACGGCAAUCGCAACCGGCGAGACGCCACACUCCCUGUUCGUCGGCUUCACCUGUGUGACCGGUGGCACCACCACGGCCACCGUCUCACUGCCUUCCGGCCUGGCCUCCACCUCCGGGUCGUUGACCAUCGUGGGCGCCAGUCCGCGGCGCCUCGAGGAGGAGGCGGACGAGGCGGACCUGGAGGGUGGCCGGCGCCUGGCGGUGACCUGCGAGGCGUACGGCACAGCCUCCAUCAGCGGCACCACGCUCACCCUCCCAGUUCGCACCAUCGGUACUGCCAGCGAUCCGUGCGUCGCGGGAUCCUCGCUCUCGGUCACCUUGACCGCGAAUACUGCCACGUACAACAGCGUUUCCACGGGCUCGCUGGCUUUCUCGGUGGUGACGAAUGUGGACUCGGCCCCUGUGAGCGUGACCAUCUCCGUGGACAACUCAGGCACCUUCAGCCUUUCGGUGGUUGGAGAUCCCAUCACCUGGUACAAGGGCAAGAAGAUCAAGUUCUGGUUCCCCCCCCAGGAGCUGAUGCCACUGCUGCAGACCCCGGAGAUGACCAUUUGGGCCAGAACCUUCACAGGGCCUUCCAUCGACUACCAGUGGUUCGAUCGCUUCAUGAUCACCUCUCCUGAGGGCAAGGAGAUUGUGGAUAUCAACGUUCGCCGUGCCACCCCUGGCGCGAACCGCUCGAACUUCGCCCGCGACAACUUCCGACAGCUGGACAUCAAGGUGCAGGGCACCAAGACAUUGCUCCACCGCAGUCAGCAGCUGUACUCUGCGGGCAGUGGAAACGUGAAGGUCGGAGUGGGUGCACGCGUUGUCCAUCCUCCACGCGUGCACUCCUCCCCGCUCCUGGAGUUCGUCAUGGUGGAGAGUGAGUCCAUCUCCUUCAUGGUCCACGCCAGCCAUGCCGGCAGCGAAUUCCCAGGCGAUGCUGCCAAGCAGGUGAAGUACACACACCUGGACUGGAUCACCCUGGAGAUGCCGGGCAUGGCCAGCUUCCGGGGCGUGCUGCCGCAGAUUUGGGGCGUCCAGCCGCGCCAGCCGGAGGUCGAGGAGAUGCUUGUGGCGCCGUCGCAGCGCAAGUCCAUGACUGUGUGCGAAGCUGGAAGCCCCGGUUUGCUUUCGCAGAAGCUCCGCGAGGUGCGUUUGCUACAGGCCCUCGGGCAGGAGAGUGGGCCGCGGAGUUUCGGGGAUUUGGACUUUCUGGAUCGGCGGAUAGUCAGCAACUGGCUCUUCAUGAGCAAGCCCAACGUCACCCAUGUGCACCAGGUGUUGGUGAGCCCCACCUUCCUGUACGUCAUCAUGGAGUACUUGGAUGGCCCUGACCUGUCUCAAUGGCUGCUCUCUCCUGAGGGCCAAAAACGCACCGAGAUGUCGGUGAUGAGGAUGUUGCACCACAUCCUGGUGGCGGCGCGUGAAGUGCACCGCCAUGGCUUCGUGCACCGAGAUUUGAAGUUCGACAACUUCCGCUUCGCCCAUGGCCCGUCAAGCGAGCUAAAGCUUGUGGAUGUUGUCGGGACCAUGUGCUUCCGCCCUGAUCGGCUGAUUUCCAAAAGCUGGUGCGGCACGGGUCCCUUUCUGAGCCCAGAAGCGCUGCUGGGUGAUGUGUCGCCGGCGGUGGACAUGUGGGCAAUCGGCGUGAUGGCAUUCAGCCUUCUUCACGGGGAUUUGCCUUUCCAGGCCUCUUCCAUCUCCGAGCUCCGAGACGCACACGCGCAGGAGCUGCCGGACGCUUUUGGGCCCACCAUCCUGCCGGAGGCGAAGGCCUUGGUCAAGCAGCUGCUGCAACCGGACCAGGAGCAGCGGCCCACCGUUGAUCAGGCCUUGGCGCGCUUGGAGGGCCCCAGGGGCUGCUUGGAACGGGCAGACGCCACGGAAGCGCUGCCCUUGGCGAAGAACCAUCGGAUCCACAACGACUCCUGGAGUGCAAGUCCUGAUUUGAAGCCUCCAGAGGUGAAGACUUUGUUCCUCAUCCGCCAUGGUGAGGCUGUACAUAACAUCGAGGAGCGCCAGGCGAUGCAAGUCGCCAAGUCGGAGGCCGUGAAUGAUGGCCUCACGCCGAGCAACCGGGAGUUCCAGAAGCGGGUGGAGGCUGCCAGGAAGAAGGUGCUGCUGGACGAGAAUCUCCACGACGCCGCCUUGUCGCCCAGCGGCAAGAUGCAGGCACUGGACGCGCUGGCGGUGAUCAAGCGCCUCAUCAUGCAAGGCUACGCCCAGCCCACUGCCAUUUACGUCUCUCCGCUCCAGCGGACUUUGCAAACCGCCGCGAUCCUGUUUCCAGCGCAUCCUGGAAUCCACGUCCGGGAGGAGCUGCGGGAAAGGCGCACGGGCUUGCCCUGCGACGAGCGGAAGCGCGCGGAGGUGGUCUCCAUGCGCGCGACCUUCAACUUCAUGUCCUUCGACGAGCUCAAGAACCAUGACCGGUCCAGGCGCGCGCCGGCCUUGGCUGGUCAGGAGGAGGACAAGUCGGAGCUGCGGUGCCGCACCGCGCUGCUGGAGGCAUUGCUGCGAGAACAGGCAGAUUCCAGUCUUGCUGUGGUGACGCACAAGGGGUACUUGCGCGAGCUGGAGCGCGGCCCGCUGCAGAACCCCGAGGCCAAAGAGUUCGGCAACUGCGAGGUCCGUGUGUACCAGGCGGAUCGGUCACGUGGGCCUUAG